UAAGUGUGUACUGAGUGCAGUGUGUGUUACUAAGUGUGUGCUAUUGAGUGUGUGCUGAGUGCAGUGUGUGUUACUAAGUGUGUGUUACUAAGUGUGUGUUAUUGAGUGUGUACUGAGUGCAGUGUGUGUUACUAAGUGUGUGUUAUUGAGUGUGUACUGAGUGCAGUGUGUGUUACUCGCUGAUGGAUCUCUACAGCAUGUUGGAUCAUGAGCUCCAGCACACGUCCAUCAUGAUGCCGCCGGCGAGCGUGAGCGCGCACGUGAGCCCCCCGGUGGCGGCCCUGGGGGGGCAGAGGAGCCCUGACCCCGGACAGAAGGUGAAGCGGCCCAUGAACGCCUUCAUGGUGUGGUCCCGCGGCCAGAGGCGCAGGAUGGCGCUGGAGAACCCGAAGAUGCACAACUCCGAGAUCAGCAGGCGGCUCGGGGCCGAGUGGAAGCGGCUCGGGGACGCGCAGAAACUCCCGUUCAUCGACGAGGCCAAGCGGCUGCGUGCGCUGCACAUGAAGGAGCAUCCGGACUACAAGUACAAGCCGAGGCGCAGGAGCAAACCUGCGGGUGGUGGGAGGAGGGAGGAGACCCCGAGGGAGGAGGGGCACACACACACCCUGAGCGCCGACGCCCUGCUGGAGGGAUACGGCUGGGGCGCGGCGGCGGGAGGCUACGGGAGUGCACAGGCGGAUGCACUCAGGUACACUCCGCAGCUACACCGCUACGACCUGCCGAGCUUCCCGUACACGAGCGCGCACGGCUACCUGAGCAGCGUCAGCGCGUACAGCCCGGUGCAGUACGGUACCAGCGGUACUCAGCAGCCCAGCCAGAUCUUGUCCAUGGCCAAACUGGACCCGGUGUCCCCGUCCCCGGGCGGCGGUGUGACUCGGCGGUACAGCCCGAGCUUGGCGAGGCGGUUAGCCUGUACGAGCGCAGACACGCAGCGCAGCUACAGCUCUCACCUGCAGCAGCAGCAUUACCUCACUGGCCCCGCCUCCCUCACACCCAUCUGAACACGCCCAGGGCUGUGGGCGUGUCCUCACCGGGCGCAUGUGACCCGUUUAACAAAGAGCGCAAGCGGUGUGUUUAUACAGAGAGGAAAAACCCAGAAACCUUGAAUCUCUUAUACACAAUUCUCUUAGCAUCGUGUUACUGUGAGGGCUAACAGCACUACACACACACACACACACACACACACACUGGGAUAAGCUCACUGCUGCUCCAGGUUGUUAGUUAUAUCACAGGGAAGUUUUGAUGAUUUAGAGAAAAAAUGUGUUUAAGAAAUCUUAGGUACU